GCGCUCUUCAGCGGCUUCGCAGAAGCACCCGAAGGAGCCCGGGCCCGGCCCUGGUGCUCAGCCGCGCGUUUCCCCGCAGCAGCCGAUGCCCCGGAGGAAGGCGGUGCCGGCGCUGGGCAGCCUCUGCCUGCAGAGCUUGGCGCAGCACAUGCAGAGCGUGUGGGUGAAGGACUACAGCGAGAACUACCUGGACGAGUACAGCUUCCGCUUCGUCAUGGGCCCCUUCAACGACCUGGCCGGCAGCCUGGUGCAGGACCUCAUCCGGCUGCUGGGCGAGAGCCGCCGCCUGUCGCGUGCCGCGCUGCACCUGCUGCUGCUGCCGCACCUGCAGGAGCUGAGCCUGCGGCCCUGCCCCAGCCUGGUCAGCAACGCCAUCGGGCAGCUCAUCACCGUGCGCUGCAAGAGCCUGAGCGCGCUGGACCUGCACGGCUGCAACCGGCUGUCGGCGGACGUGCUGGUGGACCUGGUGGAGGAGCUGCCCCUGCUGAGCCGCCUGGGGCUGGCGGAGACGCAGGCCAACGUGCAGGUGCUGGCGGCCGUGGGCUCCUGCUGCCGCCGCCUGCGGGAGCUGGACGUGUCCCGCUGCAGGAAGGUGACGCCGCGCGCCCUGCGGCACCUGGCCUACGACCCGCUGGAACGGGCCCUCGGCUGCCCCGCGCUCCGCGUCCUCCUGGCUCGCGGCCUGGAGCCGGCGGGGGACGGCGUGGCGUUGGCGCUGGCCUUCCUGCUGCUGGCCCUGCCGCGCCUGGAGGUGCUGGCACACGGCGACGUGCCGGCUGCGCUCGGCCUCCUGCACGCGCGGCAGCUGGAUGGCACCGGCGACGCCGACGGCUUCCCCUCGCUGCGGGAGCUGGCGCGGCGGCGCGGCGGCCCUCCCCUCACGCUGCCCCUGCGGCACCUGGAGGAGCUGGGGGAGCCCGAGCUGGCGGCCGCCCGCGCCGUCUGCCCCGACGUCGAGGAGGUGGCCGUGUGCCUCGGGGAUGGCACCGCGGACGGCUGGGACGCUCUGCUGCAUUGGGGCCGCCUGGCCCGGUUGGGGCUGUCGUGUGCGGGGCCGCAGGGCUGGGCGCUGGGCGAGGUGCUGCCGCUGGCACGCAGCCUGGGCUCGCAGCUGCAGGCCCUCGCGCUGCACGGGUUCUGCUUGGAGGACGAGCUCGCCCUGUGCGCGCUGCUCAGCUGCUGCCCCAACCUGCGGGACUUCAGUGCCGAGCUGCAGCCCUCAGCACGUGCCCGCCCCGACGCCGAGCCGCCCGAGGAGCCGUCGCGCUGGGACACGGAGCUAUUGCCCCACGGCCUGCCCCGGCUGCAGCGCUUCUCCCUGGCUCUGCCCGGGCCCGUCCCGGCGCCCCACGGGCUGCUGCUGCGCGCCACGCUGGCAUCGCUGCUGUGCCGCUGCCCGCGCCUGCAGAGCCUGCGCCUGCUGGGCAUUGCCCUGCCGCUGGACUCUGUGUUCGAGACGGUGCUGGCGGCCCCGGGGCCGCCGCUGCAGGAGCUGCAGGAGCUCUCGCUGGUCGAGAGCCACGUGUCCGGGCGCACCGUGUGGCUGCUGUUGGCCUCCGACAGCCGCCUGCGUCGCCUCGACCUGUCCCGCUGCCGCGACGUGCACCGCCGCGACUACGACGGCUUCCUGCAGGCCGUGCGCAAGCAGCGGCUGGACCUGGAUAUCACCUGGGAGUAGCACCCACACCGAGGCCUUUAAUAAAGCACUUACACCGCG